GGAACUGAAUGGAAAUCCAUUUCACUUCUUAGGGAAAGCCCCCGUUUAAAAAUGUUUCACCUAAAAUGACAUACCCAAAUCUAACUGCCUGUAGCGCAGGCCCUGAAGGAAGGAUAUGCAUAUUCUUGGUACCAUUUGUAAGGAAAGUAUUUUCUGUGUGGCUCAACUUUUUCUGCCAUUGUUUAUUAUGCUGCAUUCAAUGUGUAGUGUAGUAUAGUGGUUUUGAUGCAUAUCAAAAGCUUUUAUCAUAUCAUAGCUUUUUUGUUUGCCUCACCUACAUUAUCAUGUUCAAAUUGCCACUGAGAACAGUGUCUGUUGUAUUUACAAUAUUUUUUAAAAUAUUGAUUUUACUAUUUGAAAUGAGAACGUCCCUCUUCAGCAUAUGUAUAUAAAUCAAGCAGGUUUAGUACCUUCUACCAUAUUCUGGGAGAAAGAGACUAUAAUCAUCAAGACAAGACCACACAAGAAGGCUCACUGCAGACAGAGAUACUUGAGAGGACAGAAAACAACUAACCAGUCACAUCAAAGGCCAUUGAAACCAGUUGUCAGAGAUCUAGUCAUGACGUUCCAGAGGGCUUUCCUGUUCCUGGUGUUGCUGUGUGCUACAGUGAUGGCCAACGUCGACCAACAACAUAAACACUUCCUAAAACAACAUGUCAUUGGGAAAAUGACAACCCAGGCGUGUGAGAAUCAGAUGAGAUUAUUGAAGUUGAACGGGCCUGAUGGAAAAUGCAAAGUGAAGAACACCUUCAUUUUGGCCAAUCCAGAGCAGGUCAUACAAAUCUGCACUGGUGGUGGCACACCGCAGGGAAACAAUCUGGUUCAAAGCAACAAUGCCUUCUUUAUAGUCAUAUGUACACGUACAGGUGGGGAUUCCCAUCCCAAUUGUACAUACAAGGGAUCUUCGGCCACUAAGAAUGUUAUCAUUGCAUGUGAAAGAAAAUUGCCAGUGCACUAUGAUGGUGAUGUUGAUAUUGGCACUACGGAUGGAAAGUGAAUACAUGUGAAAGGUGUGUCACCGCUAAAUGUAAGCACAACUGGAGACAUGUUAUUGACAAGGCAGCGCUACUGUGGCUAGCAAAUGAGUGUAGGAGUGUUUGCUCACAACUAGAUCUCUGCUAACAAUUGCAACACUGUCUCCAAAACUGCAUGUCUCCUGUAAUGUCUACUUUCCAAGCGUAACUCAACUAAACUGGUUUGUGAAAUAAAAUAACAAAGUUGUCA